AUGCCAUCCAAGAGCUUUUACAGUCUACGAUCCAUUGCGAACAUUGACAGCAACGUAUUCUCGCAGCUUCUAGAAAUUGACACGUACAAAAUUUUGAUCAACAUAGGAUCAGACCCGUUCCUGAAGGUAGACUACCUGGCAGAGCUGGAAAGGAUUAUCGAUGACAUUGAUUGCAUACUGAUAUGCCAUGCCGAACUGAAGUACAUCGGUGGAUUGCCGUCUCUGGGCGAGCGGUUCAAGGGCAAACUCUACUGUUCCGUUCCGGUGCACACAUUGGGCAGGCUCAUGGUUUCUGAGGUAAAUAGAAAUAUGGAGGUGUUCGGUGCGAAGAGGUACGAGGAGGACGAUAUUGAAGAGUGGUUUGCAAGGAUAAGCGUUGUAAAGUACUCGCAGCCGAUCGAAUUGGGCGCGCUGCGGUUGACUGCACACAACUCGGGACACUCUCUUGGUGGGUGCCUGUGGCAAAUUUCCAAGGACAAUGAGAACGUGGUGGUAGCGUUUGACAUCAACCAUCGCAAGGAGAACCAUGUGGACGGGCUCGAGAUCAACAAUUUGAGAAAAAACUUCAUUUUUUUGAUGAAUUGCGAGUUUGUUGGGGAAGUGCCCGUGCAGAGGAAGAGCAGAGACUCGGAAUUUAUGUCCUUUCUGGCACAGAACCACGGUAACAAGAUCGUAAUACUGUGUACAUUCAGCAGGUAUCUGGAAAUCUGCAGCAUUCUGGACGAAUUCUUGGAACGGAAGAACAAGCGGUGUACGUUCCUGUCAUUCAACAGCAAUACGCUGUAUGAGAGCUUCAAAAUUAUGCUUGAAUGGGCGGGUGACAUCGCACUCAAGAAGUUCACCAAUACAAAGGUCAACCCGUUUGCAUUCAAGAAUAUCAGAUUCAAGGAUUUGUACAGCGAGGUAGACAAGAAGACAGAUAUAUUUGUGAUUCUCGAUGAAAACCUGUGCUCUCCAUUCACCAACAGAAUUGUAUAUGAUCUGAAUGAUGAGCGAAACGUGCUGGUGGUCUUUAAUGACGAGCACGAGCGCACGAUUACAAGACUGGAUUACAUGGACGUGCCAGAGUUUAAAGUGGAGAAGGAGAGUGACAAACAAGUUGAUAAGAGUCAGCGUGCACAGCAUAAAAGAAACGAGCCCAAUCCAGAAAGUGUUGAGAGAGAAAAGAUGCACAUAGUGGUACGCAGUGGCGGCCCUGAGGAUGAUUCACCUACCUUUCCUGUGAGAAACAAGCAGAGACCGUGUGACAGUUACGGCGAGUUUUUUGACAAGAAAUUGUUUUUGAUAAAGGCAGAGGAGAAGGACAAGGAGGUGAUCGUUGAGAAGCCGUCCGUUAAGAGAGUGCAAGAGACGAUUUCUAUGAAUAAGUUGCCCUUUUCCUGCCGCAUCCGCACCAAGUACUUCAAUUUUAACGGUUUGAGCGAUGGAAACUCUGUAAAAACUAUUUUGGAAUCCCUAGAGAUUGAAAAGCUGAUCCUGCUGGGGAAGAACAAAAUGUUUGUCGACUUUUUUUACUACCUGUGCCAUUACAACCAUAAUUUUGGAGAGAUUUGCGUUUUAACAGACCAGGUUCUUAAUCUUAGCACGGAUAUAACGACCACGAAGGUAAAUCUUGAGGAUAAUUUCUUGCAAAAAGCCAAUUUCCGCGAGAUAAACGGCAAGCAAAUGGCAUCGUUCAAAGGCUGUAUCAAAGAUAAUGUUCUUUACUACAAGGAACCGCUAAAAAGCAGCUUGUGCCUGGGCAGUGUCAAAAUGACCGAACUGAAGAAGCAGCUUCUCGAUAAUAACCUGCGGAUAAAGAAGGCCAACGAAAAGACACUGGUUGUAGAGGACCAGGUCAAGAUUGUGUUCAACGAUGGAUCAGUUAGGAUGGUUGGUGAAAUGAACGGGGUGUAUUUGUACGUUAGAAGGAUCAUCUACAACAAUUUAUACUUUAUAAAUUAGCAAUGCGUGUAAUUAAUUAUAUUUUGCUGAUUGGUUAUGCAGUGUGAUGAGCCGAGCACUUAAAUAUUUGUAACGCAUGUUUUUUCUCUGCCCAGUGAAUUAUUGGGCCCUUAAAGGAGAGCGUUUUGCUGGAAUAAUUGCGCACUACAACCGUAAAUAAAAUAUUUUCCUUGAGCAA